UCUGGAGGCGAAGAGGCUGGGACUCGCGCGGCGAGCGGCGAGGACCGAGCCUGCCUCCAGCCCGCUGCCCGCCGGCCGGCCACGAGCCGGCUCUGCUACUAAGCGCAGCCCAGCCGGGAGGCCCGCGCCGAGGGAGCCUUCUGGCCCCGCGGUGCUGCGCUCUCGGGGAGAGGAGGGGUGCCCGGGACCGGAUUGGCCAACUCCGCCCUCCACUUAUUAUUUUGCUUAUUUUUCUUUGUGCGCGCCUGUUAGUUUGUUACACCAGAUCUAGUCCCAGAGUCUUUUCUCCUCCCUUCUCCCCGCUCCUUCUUCCCCCCUCCUCCCCCCCCCCCCCCCUGCUCCUCUACUUCCCCUCCUCCCUCCUAUCCUUCUGCAGGAGACUCUCCCAGCGACGGAAAGUUGCGGCCCCUGGCACCGCCUCGGGGGUCUCCCGGCCGUGUCCAACCGCCGCCAACCGUCUCCGACGACGGCACUUCGAAGAUCUCCUCCUUCGCCCGCACCCUCGCUCAUUUCAGCGCUCUCGCCGGUGCCCAGAACGCCCCACCCAUGACGAUGCUCCUGGACGGAGGCCCGCAGUUCCCCGGGCUGGGAGUGGGCAGCUUCGGCGCGCCGCGCCACCACGAGAUGCCCAACCGCGAGCCGGCGGGCAUGGGGCUGAAUCCCUUCGGGGACUCGCCCCACGCCGCCGCCGCCGCCGCCGCCGCCGCCUUCAAGCUGAGCCCCGCCGCGGCUCACGAUCUGUCUUCGGGCCAGAGCUCCGCGUUCACGCCGCAGGGCUCGGGUUACGCCAACGCCCUGGGCCAUCACCACCACCACCAUCACCACCAUCACCACGCCGGCCAGGUGCCCAGCUACGGCGGUGCAGCCUCCGCCGCCUUCAACUCCACGCGCGACUUUCUGUUCCGCCAGCGCGGCUCCGGGCUCGGCGAGGCGGCCUCGGGUGGCGGGCAGCACGGGCUCUUCGCCGGCUCGGCGAGCAGCCUGCACGCUCCAGCUGGCAUCCCCGAGCCUCCUGGGUACCUGCUCUUCCCCGGGCUGCAUGAGCAGGGCGCCGGGCACCCGUCGCCCACAGGGCACGUGGACAACAACCAGGUCCACCUGGGGCUGCGCGGGGAGCUGUUCGGCCGCGCCGACCCGUACCGCCCGGUGGCCAGUCCGCGCACGGACCCCUACACGGCCGGCGCGCAGUUCCCUAACUACAGCCCCAUGAACAUGAACAUGGGCGUGAACGUGGCGGCCCACCACGGGCCCGGCGCCUUCUUCCGUUAUAUGCGGCAGCCCAUCAAGCAGGAGCUGUCGUGCAAGUGGAUCGACGAGGCUCAGCUGAGCCGGCCCAAGAAGAGCUGCGACCGGACCUUCAGCACCAUGCACGAGCUGGUGACACAUGUCACCAUGGAGCAUGUGGGGGGCCCGGAGCAGAACAACCACGUCUGCUACUGGGAGGAGUGCCCUCGCGAGGGCAAGUCCUUCAAGGCGAAGUACAAACUGGUCAACCACAUUCGAGUGCACACGGGCGAGAAGCCCUUCCCGUGCCCCUUCCCGGGCUGCGGGAAGAUCUUUGCCCGCUCCGAGAACCUCAAGAUCCACAAGAGGACCCACACAGGUGAGAAACCUUUCAAAUGUGAAUUUGAAGGCUGUGACAGACGCUUUGCCAACAGCAGCGACCGCAAGAAGCACAUGCAUGUGCACACCUCGGACAAGCCCUAUAUCUGCAAAGUGUGCGACAAGUCCUACACGCACCCGAGCUCUCUGCGCAAGCACAUGAAGGUUCAUGAAUCUCAAGGGUCAGAUUCCUCCCCUGCUGCCAGUUCAGGCUAUGAAUCUUCCACUCCACCCGCUAUAGCUUCUGCAAACAGUAAAGAUACCACUAAAACCCCUUCUGCAGUUCAAACUAGCACCAGCCACAACCCUGGACUUCCUCCCAAUUUUAACGAAUGGUACGUCUGAGGACAAACACAAACCCUGUUAACCAUAGAAUGGACCAAAUGCAUUUUAAAAAGAAAACUGAGACCAAUCAGACGGAAAUGGAGUUUUAAGGCGAGAGGCCAUAUAUAGGGUUACAUCUUGUCAAUUGCAAUUGUCCAGGAAGGUUUUGGGGGCAAGAUCCAAAAGUAGUCAUGCCCUAUUCUCAGGAGUAGAAAAUACGUUUUGGCGUUUGAAGGAUUUUUCAAAACAAAUCUUCUCACUGCUUUUUCCUCCCUUUUCUCUUGCUCUCUGCACACCCCAUUCCUAAGCUCCUUCAGUGCAUUUUAACACUUGUCCUGUUUCUUGAGAGGAAGUUAUAGAAGGCUUGUUGGUGGUGGUGAUGUUAAACGAUGGAAAUUCUUCGCCUUAGUGGUGAUUGUUUAAACUCUCACAGUCUUAAACCGUGCCAAAGUCCUGUUAUGUCUUGAACUUUUCCUCAAAGCAUUACACUUGUGAAUGUAUUUUUGUCUAAUGGGGUCGAAACUGUUGUUCGGUAUUUUUUCAGGCUGAGGAUGUGAUGUUACUCUACGGAUUGUGACGUUUAGUAUACAGUUGCCUUUUGUAAUAACUUUUUUUUUUUGUAAAUACAUAUCCACUGAUGCCAUAUUUAUCGUUUGUAAUUUAAUUAUUGCUACAAGUGCCGGGAACUGAACAAUAUUUAUGGAAAAAUGUUUUCUAACAAAUGCUGUACAGCUUUUGAUUAUAACUGCUUUAGCAUUAAAUUUUAUUGUUUUGAAAGAAGAACACAAUUUACAGUUUUUGAACCACUGACUCCUUUCUCUUGUUUUGUAACAGCCUCCUUCUACAAAGAGGAGACGUAAGCAAAUGAAAUCUUGUUUCUUGGUAUUUAUAACUCACGCAGAUCCCUUUUUUAAUUGUUAAAUUAUUUUUCUAUUGCAGUAUAGAUUCCUUAUAGUGUCAGCUUCCAUCUGGGGAGACCCUCCUUUCUUUAUCUCUAGCUCAGAUGGUUGUUUAACUGCGAGUUUAAAUGUGUUUGUCCUGGAUUUUCGGCAUGCAAAUCAAAUAUUACUGAUCAGUUCAGUUAGUGGCCAUGACAUCUCAAUCUUGUAUUUCAAAGACUGAGAAGCUGGAUUUAAUCAUCCCUGCCCUCCAUAUAUAAACAUAAGGUAACCUAAUGAGUUUUAUGUCCCUUAGUUUUUUAUUACCUUACAUAAAAAUGAACAUUGUGGCAGGAUGCAUGUCUGUGUAAUCUAUCGAGAGAUCACCCAUAUACAUAUAUACGUUUGUAUCUAUGACUUAUCUAAUCUGCCUAUCAAAUCUAUCUAGCUAUCUAUAUAUUUUCAAAAGUAAGCGUAUGUCUGAAACAGUGGUGAUGAGUAAGGCCAGUCCAGCCGUGCUUACUUACGGUUAAAGUGCUUCUUAAAAAGACCCAUAGUCCAUUGACAAUUUUGGAAGGCAAAGGCUGAUUUGUUUUGCUGUAUAUAGUUCAAUUCAUAAUUAUCACAAUUCUUCAUAACAUUUUUAUAGCGGUGUGAUAACUGCAGCGGUUCUGAAAUGAUAUUAUGGAAAGAAAAAACAUUUGCAAAAUAUGUAUUUUUAAAGUUCAUGGUUUAUAGGCACAGAUGUUAAGAGCAUUGUUUCCAUUAAAAUCAAUAACAAUGAAAAAUGGUUGUUUGCUUUGUGAUAAAAUAUUAACAAUGCAUUUAAUCUUCAGCGAAGCAGCUCAUUUGGAUAAACAGUUCUUUUACAGUUAUGUGAAAAAAAAACCUGAUUACUAUAUUGGGGGGUUGGAGCGGGUUAGAGUAUCGAGAGACUUUAACUAAUUUAGGGUGCCGUUUAAUAUUGAGACCCCAGUCUCUGCAUGAGUAACCAGCUUGCAAAUCAGCAAAUAUAAUGGUGGAGAUAAGGAACUGUAAAGAAUUAGAAAUGUAAUGAAUAGGUUUAAGUACCUCCUUCUUUGAAGGGAGCAAUGCUCUAGGUUUUUUGGUGGCCAGCAAUUUGGUAUUAUACAUAAUCAUUUUGAAUUAUAGAAUCUUGUUUAUUGUUCUUUUUGAAGAAAUAAAGUCUUGGCACAUCUUAUUUAUGUCAUAACAUUUUUGUAUUUAGUGCCCGCUUUUUUUUUUCCCAUGUUCAAAUAAAUCAACCUUAAAUCGAACUACUGAGAGAAA